CUACCUGCCUCCCCACCGGCCGGAGAACAGCCUGCAUCCGAUAAGAGAUCUCGUCCACAAAAAAAUCAAGUGUGGUAGAAAGGGGUGUGGGGACAACAAGUUAAAUUUUAGAGAGGAAAAAAGAAAGGAGACAUCGAGGGAGGGGAAAAGGUCAGGGAUACAGGGGGGGUUUAUCGCCCUGCCAGAAAUAAGGAGAGUGUCUACUUAAACGCUGUGGCAGACGAAACCAACGAAACGAAGUGAAAUAAACCAGCAGCCUUCUCUCUUCAGCACAGAUAUUUUUUCACGGGGAAUAGUUUACAUUUUUAACAGCUUUCGACUUCCUUCGAGGUCAAUUUUUGUGCUUAGGUGAAGUCCACGCAGUGCAGUGAAUUUUGGACCGUGCGUAAUUUGGAGAGUUUAUUGCCUCGCUGCGUCAGGAUGCGCGUCUGUCCGCUGCUGGUCGUCCUCUGUCUGCUGUGUGCUGGACGCGCUCAGAAGUUCUCCGCUCUCACGUUCCUGCGGGUCGAUCAGGAUAAGGAGUGCAACAUGGAAUGUGAAAAAAGUCCUCGCAAGCCCCUGUGCGCCUCCGAUGGAAGGACCUUCACAUCUCGCUGCGAGUUCCUCAGAGCCAAGUGCCGCGACCCCCAGCUGCAGUUCAACCGAGGGCCAUGCAAAGAUACAUCCAGAUGUGUAGCAGAGAAGAAGUAUACAGAGCAACAGGCCAAGAAGCUCUUCCCACAGGUCUUUGUGCCUGUAUGCAACCCCGAUGGCACUUACAGUGAGGUUCAGUGCCACAGCUACACUGGAUACUGCUGGUGCGUCACCCCCAAUGGACGACCCAUUAGUGGCUCAGCAGUGGCCAAUAAAAAACCUCGAUGCCAAGGAUCCAAACAAGAGAGAGUGCCCACAAGAGAGCCAAGUAAAGCAGUCUCCUUGCAAAUAUUCUCCAUUCUAAAUGCAGAUGAGACUGGGAUAGUGGUGGAUCCACAGCCUGGAGCAGAUGAUGAAGAAAUCAUUUUUGAGUACCCCACUCUGUGGAAGGAGCACGAUCGCAGACAACAACACAAUAGAACCAGAGCACCAUCCUCGUCAUGUGACCAAGAGCGGCUUUCUGCCCUGGAAGAGGCGAGGCAGCACAAGAAUGAUGCAGUAUUUAUACCCGAUUGUGCCCAAGGAGGACUCUACAAGCCAGUCCAAUGCCAUCCAUCCACUGGCUACUGCUGGUGUGUGCUAGUGGAUACAGGAAGGCCCUUGCCAGGAACCUCAACCAGGUAUGAGCAGCCAAAGUGUGAUGACAAUGCCAGGGCCCAUCCAAAGGACCUUUAUAAAAGUAGACAUCUCCAAGGUUGUCCUGGGGAAAAGAAAACAGAGUUCCUGACAAGUGUUCUUGACGCGCUGUCGACAGACAUGGUGCAUGCUGUCACAGAUCCAGCAUCCGCCGGAAGGGUGGCUGAGCCUGACCCUAGUCACACCCUGGAGGAGAGGGUUGUCCAUUGGUAUUUCAGUCAGCUGGACAAAAACAGCAGCGGAGACAUCGGAAAGAAGGAGAUCAAGCCUUUCAAACGCUUCCUGCGCAAGAAGUCCAAGCCAAAGAAGUGUGUUAAGAAGUUUGUGGAAUACUGCGACAUCAGCAACAACAAAGCGCUGUCUCUGCAGGAGCUGAUGGGCUGCCUUGGGGUGAUCAAAGAAGAAGGAGCCAAACCAGGGGAAGGAUUACCUUCCAGUAAACUAAAUCCCUCGAAGAAGCAAGGCUAAGUUAAACAUCUGAGAUUUCCUUUCUCAUAUGGAGAAUCUGCCCUCACCAAUCGGCAAUAAUGGAAACCAUAGUAUUUGCACUUUGUACUUUAAAAAAAUGUAAAUUCACUUUGUAGAAAUAAGGUAUUUAAACAGACUGCUGAAUCUGUGAAUGAUGUAGUUAGCUUUUUAUGUCCUGACAAGCAAAAAAAAAAAAAAAAAAAAAAAUUUAACACAUACAAUGUAUGUGUCCUUUGUGUGUCUAAAAGGUGUACUUUCCAAAGUUGUACAAGUUUUCAUGUUUGAUGCUACUAUGUCCCUUGCCCCAGUUUAGUUUUUUUCUUUCAUGUUGAUAUUAAGGCAGAUAUAUGUAUAGUUUGCUACACAGCUACAGUAACAUAGAUCAUACCAUCUGUUACAUACUGACGUAUUGCAUCUUUUCCUGGGCUUCAUAAACCAGUUUUCAAGAAUGUUUUAAACAUACAGUACAUCAUAAAAAUGUCCAAUGUGUUCACAUACAGUAUAUUCAUCUUUAUUAGAAAUAAAGAACUCUUUUAUACAUUUUAUCUGGGUCUGCCUAAUGUGUCAGAGAAGGAAGAUUAGACUGGCAAAGUCUGUUUCUCUCCAGGUUUUUCAUAAUUUUACUUGUUAUAUAAAUCUUGUAAUGUCUUUAUGAUUUUGUGUUUUCUUGCUGUUCCCUUAAUAAAACAACUUGUUGACAGU